AUGCCGCUGGUCAGGUCACUUUCGGUGACCUCUUUAAGCGGACUCCCUCCAUGGGAAGAUGAAACUUUGCCUGUGGAAGAUUUAAUGUUCUUUGAGAUUUCUUGGGAAGUCACCAACAAAGUUGGAGGUAUCUACACUGUGAUCCAGACUAAGGCCAAAGUCACAGCAGAUGAAUGGGGAGAAAACUAUGUGUUGAUUGGUCCAUAUUAUGAGCAUAAUGUGAAGACACAAGUGGAAGUGUGUGAGCCAAAUAACCCAGCCAUAAAAAAGGCAAUGGAUUCCAUGAAGUAUCAAGGAUUUCAGGUUUGUUUUGGCAGAUGGCUGAUUGAAGGUAAUCCGUAUGUGCUGCUAUUUGAUAUUGGUUCAGCAGCCUGGAACCUGGACAGAUGGAAAGGAGAAUUCUGGGAUACUUGCCACAUUGGCAUUCCUCAUUAUGACAAUGAAUCGAAUGAUGCUGUAAUUUUUGGGUCCUUAACUGCCUUGUUUUUGAAAGAGCUUGCUGAUCAGUUUCAUGACAAGCCAAACCUCAUUGCCCAUUUCCAUGAAUGGCAGGCAGGAGUGGGGCUGAUUCUGAGCAGAAUCCGAAAGUAUCCCAUAGCAACAAUCUUCACCACUCACGCCACACUGUUGGGCAGGUACCUUUGUGCUGGCAAUGCUGAUUUUUACAACCUACUUGAUAAGUUCAAUGUUGAUAAGGAAGCGGGGGAAAGGCAGAUUUACCACCGUUAUUGCAUGGAGCGAGCCAGUGCCCACUGUGCACAUGUGUUUACGACUGUCUCUGCCAUCACCGCUGUCGAAGCAGAGAACAUUAUAAAGAGAAAACCAGAUGUAGUCACACCUAAUGGCUUAAAUAUCAAGAAGUUCUCUGCCAUGCAUGAAUUUCAGAAUCUGCAUGCCUUGUACAAGUCUCGGAUCCAGGAAUUUAUUCGAGGCCAUUUCUACGGCCACCUGGAUUUCAAUUUGGAAAAGACUCUCUUCUUCUUCAUCGCUGGCAGAUACGAAUUUACAAAUAAAGGAGCUGACUUAUUCAUAGAAGCUUUGUCGAGGUUAAACUUCCUCCUCAGGGUUCACAAGAGUGAUGUAACGGUUGUGGUGUUUUUCAUAAUGCCAGCAAAAACACACAACUUUAAUGUUGAAACAUUGAAGGGGCAGGCAGUCAGAAAACAGCUAUGGGAUACUGCCCAUUUAGUCAAGGAGAAAUUUGGAAAGCGACUUUAUGAAGCGUUGUUAAAAGGGGAAACUCCAGAUAUGAACAAGAUCUUUGAUCGUGAUGACUUGACCAUAAUGAAGAGAGCCAUCUAUGCAACUCAGCGCCAAACACUGCCUCCAGUGACCACGCACAACAUGCUCGAUGACAGCAAUGACCCCAUCCUCAAUACCAUCAGACGAAUUGGCUUGUUCAACAACCGGGCUGACAGGGUCAAGAUUGUUUUCCACCCUGAGUUUCUGUCAUCCACAAGCCCACUUUUGCCUAUGGAUUAUGAAGAGUUUGUUCGAGGCUGCCACCUUGGUGUUUUUCCAUCAUAUUAUGAACCUUGGGGAUACACUCCUGCUGAGUGCACAGUGAUGGGAAUUCCCAGUGUGACUACCAACCUCUCUGGAUUUGGUUGUUUUAUGCAAGAACAUGUGGCAGAUCCAACAGCCUAUGGGAUUUACAUAGUUGACCGUAGAUUCCGAUCUCUAGAUGAAUCUUGCAAUCAGUUGACCCAGUUCAUGUUUGGAUUCUGCAAGCAAUCACGUCGCCAGAGAAUUAUCCAGAGAAAUCGAACUGAAAGGCUUUCCGAGCUUCUAGACUGGAGAUACUUGGCCAGAUACUACAUGUAUGCUCGCCAUCUUGCACUGAGCAAAGCUUUCCCAGAAAAAUUCCAGAUGGACUCAAUUGUACCGCCAUUGACUGAGGGUUUCAAGUAUCCCAGACCAGCAUCAGUGCCCCCAUCCCCUUCCGUGUCCUUGCAUUCAAGCCCAAACCAGAGUGAUGACGAAGAGGAUGAUGAUGAGCGGUAUGAUGAGGAUGAAGAGGCUGAAAAGGAUCGAAGAAACAUUAAAGCACCAUUUUUUCCUGGUCCAAUUCCUGUUGGAAAGAACCAGUCAGAUGCAGAGUACCAAAACUGAGUAGAUGGUUAACUGUGCCAUUUGGAACAUUUAUGGUUACAAUAGCUUGAUGAUGGAAAAUGGAGAUGAAAGAUUGACAAGUUAAAUCCAUGUUGCCCCCUGGUUGUUGUAUAUAAAAUGGCUAGGAGAGCGAUCAUACUAUCUGCAGUAUUAAAUGUGCAUCAGAAACUUGUGUAAAGUUUCAAAUAAUUACAGCAGCUAAAGAUAAGUUUGGUCCUAUGAAUAUUACAUAAAUGUUCUACCCUGGAAUAUUAUACCAAUUUCCUCCUUAAAGGAUCAAACUCUCUUUUCCUCCUAUACAUCUGGUCACCAUCCAGCUUUCAUUCCUCUAGAACUUAUUUCUAGCAAUGAUUUUUGCAAACUUGCAAAACCUCCCUUUUGAUUUCUGUAACACACUUCACCAUUCCUAUAAACAAAGGGUCAUUUUAUUAGAAUAUUUAUCGAAUUUUAUACUUAAAUCA